AUGAUGCAACUAGAGAGGAGCAGCCAGGGUUUGGGCUCUAGAUAUAGGCAAAAUUCUUUCACGUACGACGUUAAGCGAGAUGUGUACAAUGAGGAGACCUUUCAACAGGAACACAGAAGGAAGACCAUUUCCUCUGGGAACGUGGACAUCAACAUCACUACCUUCAGACACCACGUCCAGUGCCGCUGCUCAUGGCACAAGUUCCGAAGAUGCAUGACUAUGAUCUUUCCCUUCCUAAAGUGGAUGUGUUUGUAUCGAUUCAAGGAUUGGCUUCUUGGAGACUUGCUAGCUGGUAUAAGUGUUGGCCUUGUGCAAAUUCCCCAAGGCCUGAUGUUCAGUUUGCUGGCAAGGCAACUGGUUCCUCCUCUCAACGUCUCUUACGCAGCUUUCUGUGCUUCGGUAAUUUACGUGAUUUUGGGAUCGUGUCAUCAAAUGUCCAUUGGCGCCUUCUUCCUUGUGAGUGCUCUGAUGAUCAAUGUUCUGAAGUUGCACCCAUUCAACAGUGGCCACCUGGUACUGGGAACUUUCCUCAAGGAUGACUUUUCUAAGCCCGCCUUCUUUGUGGCCUAUAACAGAUCCUUGAGUGUGGUGGCAUCUACAACUUUUCUGACUGGGAUUAUUCAGCUAUCAAUGGGCGUGUUAGGUUUUGGCUUCAUUGCCACUUACCUUCCAGAGGCCGCAAUCAGUGCUUACCUGGCUGCCACGGCGCUACACAUUAUACUCUCUCAGCUGACUUGCAUCUUCGGGAUUAUGAUUAGUUUCCACGCUGGUCCCAUCUCCUUCUUCUAUAACAUAGUUAACUACUGCCUGGCUCUCCCCAAAGCUAAUUCCACCAGCAUCUUACUAUUUCUAACUGCUACUGUUGCUCUGAGAAUCAACAAAUGUAUCAGAAUUUCCUUCAAUCAGUACCCCAUUGAGUUUCCUAUGGAAGUUUUUCUGAUUCUUGGCUUCACUGUGUUUGCAAACAAGAUAAACAUGGCCACAGAAACCAGCGGGACGCUUAUUGAUAUGAUUCCUUAUAGCUUCCUGUUUCCUGUAAUGCCAGAUUUGGACAUUCUUCCUGAAAUUAUUUUACAAGCCUUCUCCUUAGCUAUAGUGAGCUCCUCUCUGCUCAUAUUUCUGGGCAAGAAGAUUGCCAGUUUCCAUAACUACAAUGUCAAUUCCAACCAGGAUUUAAUAGCCAUCGGCCUUUGCAAUGUCGUCAGUUCAUUUUUCAGAUCUUGUGUGUUUACUGGUGCUGUAAUCAGGACUAUUAUCCAGGAUAAAUGUGGAGGAAGACAACAGUUUGCAUCUCUGGUAGGCGCAGGUUUGAUGCUGCUCCUGAUGGUGAAGGCGGGACGCUUUUUCUACAAACUGCCAAAUGCUGUGCUGGCUGGUAUUAUGCUGAGCAACCUCCUGCCCUACCUUGAAACCAUUUACAACCUACCCGAUCUGUGGAGGCAGAACCAAUAUGACUGUGUUAUUUGGAUGGUGACGUUCACAUCUGCAGUUUUCCUGGGACUGGACGUUGGGCUACUCGUUUCAAUAGCUUUUGCCUUCUUCCUCAUCACUGUUCGGUCACACAGAACUAAAAUUCUCCUCCUGGGUCAGAUCCCUAACACCAACAUUUAUAGAAGCAUCAAGGACUAUCGGGAGAUCACGAACAUUCCUGGGGUGAAAAUCUUCCAGUGUUGCAACUCCAUCACGUUUGUAAAUGUUCACCACCUCAAGCAUAAGCUGUUAAAAGAAGUUGAAAUGGUGAGGGUGCCUCUUAAAGAAGAAGAAGUUUUUGGCCUGUUUAAUCAAAAUGAAGACGGCUCACAGGAAGGAAAGAUUUGUCGGUGUUUCUGCAACUGUGAUGAACUGGAGCCCCCGCCCAGGGUUGUUUACACCGAACGAUAUGAAAGCAAACAGGAACACGACUCAUCCUCCAUUAACCUGAUCCGCUGCUCCCGUUUCGAGAGCGUGAACGAGAGCCAAGCUAUGUCCAAUGACCAAGUACCAUACACAGCGUCUUCCAUGUCUCAGAGAAACCAAGGGCAAAACUAUGAGGGGGUGGAGAAAGUUUGGCUUCCUAAUAACUCCUCUAGAAACAGCCUCAUGCCACUUCCUGAUGCUGCAGAAAGUCAGGUCAUGAGUAGAUCACUCAUCCGUUACUCAGAUAUGUCUCUUCCACCCAGCACCCACACCAUCAUUCUGGAUUUCUCCAUGGUACAAUUUGUGGAUGCGCAGGCUUCAGUCGUAUUAAGACAGAUGUGCAAUGCUUUCCAAAAUGCCUACAUUUUGGUGCUCAUUGCUGGGUGUCACUCUUCUGUGGUCAGGGCAUUUGAGAGGAAUGAUUUCUUUGACACUGGCAUCACCAAGGCCCAGCUGUUCCUCACCCUCCACGAUGCUGUGCUGUUUGCCCUGUCAAGGAAUUUUCCAGAGUCCUCCGAGUUAAGCGUGGAUGAAUCUGAGACAGUGAUCCGGGAAACCUACUCAGAAACAGACAAGAAUGGAGAGUCAAGAAAUAAAAUGAGCAGCAGUGUUCUAGAAAUCCCCAAAAAUACUAGUCCAGGCUUCACCACAAUCCAAGAUCCAGUACAAGAGGAGGAAUCGGAGUUAGACACGGAGCUAGAGCCCACGCCGGAGUCAGAACAAGAGACUGGACUAGAUCUGGACUUAAACCUGGAUCACGAGAUGGAGCCUGAGUCAGAGCUGGAGCCAGAGCCGGAGCCCGAGCCUGAGCACAAAUUCAGGCCAAGGGCUCAGACUUACCCUCGGCAGCAGUACUGGCCUCAGUAUGAGUCUAUGCCUCCCAACUCCCCAACUCAGACUCAGCCUAGGACAUGGUCCGUGGAGAGGAGACAUCAACCUAUGAAUUCAUAUUCGUCCCAGGGCCAUGACACUGAGGAUCCCUAGGAGAUGAACUGGGAAUAAGGGGUCAAAUUCCCCUGGCAAACCUCCCCACCCAAAUGAGGUCACUUUGUCAGGAGACCUAGACUAGUUACAGAUCAGCAGUACUUGCUUUGGGACUCCUCCACCUGCUGGCCUUCCU